AGGGAAUUUCCUGGGCACAUCAACAUUAGCCGCGGAGUUGGGAAGUGAUUGGAUAGAUCUUCAUCAUGUCGAGGAUUCUUCAUGCUCAAGUCAUUUCAUUGCUGAUUGUCAUUGGGGUGCACGCCAUUGGGGGAUUGCACACCAAGUUUGUAAAUGUGGUUUUUCGUCAUGGAGACAGGACCACAUUGGACAAUGCUGAUGAACCCUUUCCAACUAGUCCAUACCUUAACUGGACUUUCUAUCCUUAUGGAUUGGGACAGUUGACCAAUCAAGGAAAACGACGUGUCUACGAUCUUGGUGUUCACAUCCGCCAAAGAUACGGUGAUUUCCUAGGCGAUGUCUAUCACCCGAGUGCGAUUAUCGCUCGUAGCUCGGACUACGAUAGAACGAAGAUGUCACUUCAACUGGUGAUGGCAGGGAUGUUUCCACCUGCACCCGAGCAAAUGUGGCAUCCGGAUUUCAACUGGCAACCGGUUAUCGCCAACUACAUUCCAUAUCCCGAUACUUUACUGAGGCCUCAGGACUGUCCGAGGUUUAAAGAAGAGCUCAGGACUGUGGAAGAAUCCGUAGACUUCAGGAGAGAGUUGAUAGAGUACCAACGACUGAUGGAAUUCCUCACCAAGUGGACUGGAAAGCCGAUUAAGACUGCCCUGGACAUGGAGGGCCUCUACAAUAGUCUGAAGGCGUUGAAUGCCAUGGGACUUAGACUGCCAGAAUGGACCUCGGGGAUUUUUCCUUAUGGGAAAUUGCAUGACGGAGCUAUUCUCAAUUAUCGGGUCAUGAGCUGGAGUGAAAGACUGAAAGUGCUGAAUGGAGGAAUGCUUCUGAAGAACUUCACCGAUAAUAUGUUGUUGACUGCGACCGCCGCGAAAGAGAUGCCGUUAAAAAUGGUCCUGCUCAGCGGUCACGAGAUUAACCUGACCGCCCUCAUGGAGACCCUCGGAGUUUACAACCCGCACGUGCCGGAAUAUGCCAGUGCCUUAUUCGUUGAAUUAUUAGAAGAGCGUAAGGAAUACUUUGUCAGGAUAAUUUAUUAUCUCGGAGAUCCACAGGAAAUAACGCAGAUAAACAUCCCCAGGUGUGGGAGGAUAUGUCCUCUCAACAGGUUUAUACAAUUAUACUCUGAUGUUCUGCCUUCAGUGGACGAUAUCAACUGCAUGCCAUAAAGAGGACAAGUUGUUGUUCAUUUUUACCUUCAGUAUUUGUAAUAGGAAUUUUUAAUUGCGUUAGGGUUAAGAUACGAAUAAAAUUAAUUAUUUAUAUUAAA